AUGGAGCGCUCCCCGCCCGACGGACCGCUGAACGCGUCGGGGGCGCUGGCGGGCGAGGCGGCGGCGGCGGCGGCGGGCGGAGUGCGCGGCUUCUCCGCCGCCUGGACCGCGGUGCUGGCGGCGCUGAUGGCGCUGCUCAUCGUGGCCACGGUGCUGGGAAACGCGCUGGUCAUGCUCGCCUUCGUGGCCGAUUCGAGCCUCCGCACGCAGAACAACUUCUUUCUGCUCAACCUCGCCAUCUCCGACUUCCUCGUGGGGGCAUUCUGCAUCCCACUCUACGUGCCCUACGUGCUGACUGGCCGCUGGCCCUUUGGCCGGGGCCUCUGCAAGCUGUGGCUGGUGGUGGACUACCUGCUCUGCACCUCCUCUGUCUUCAAUAUCGUGCUCAUCAGCUAUGACCGCUUCCUGUCGGUCACCCGAGCCGUCUCCUACCGGGCCCAGCAGGGCGACACGCGGCGGGCCGUGAGGAAGAUGGCGCUGGUGUGGGUGCUGGCCUUCCUGCUCUACGGACCUGCCAUCCUCAGCUGGGAGUACCUGUCGGGGGGCAGCUCCAUCCCCGAGGGCCACUGCUACGCCGAGUUCUUCUACAACUGGUACUUCCUCAUCACGGCCUCCACCCUCGAGUUCUUCACGCCCUUCCUCAGCGUCACCUUCUUCAACCUCAGCAUCUACCUGAACAUCCAGAGACGCACCCGUGUCCGGCUGGACGGGGCGCGCGAGGCGGCUGCCUCGGAGCUUUGCCCCGAGGCCCGGCCCUCGUCGCCGCCGCCGGCCGCGCCCAGCUGCUGGGGCUGCUGGCAGAAGGGGUGUGUGGGGGCCGUGUCGCUGCACAGGCGCGGGGUGGGGGGCGGCGAGGCAGCCCCAGGCACCGGGGCCGAGGCUGGGGACGCGGCCCUCGGGGGCGGCAGCGGUGGAGGUGCCGCGGCCUCGCCCACCUCCAGCUCUGGCAGCUCCUCGAGGGGUGCCGAGCGGCCGCGCUCACUCAAGCGGGGCUCCAAGCCGUCUGCAUCCUCGGCGUCCCUGGAGAAGCGCAUGAAGAUGGUGUCCCAGAGCAUCGCCCAGCGCUUCCGGCUCUCGCGGGACAAGAAGGUGGCCAAGUCGCUGGCCGUCAUCGUGAGCGUCUUUGGGCUCUGCUGGGCCCCAUACACACUCCUGAUGAUUAUCCGGGCCGCCUGCCACGGCCCCUGCGUCCCCGACUACUGGUACGAGACGUCCUUCUGGCUGCUGUGGGCCAACUCGGCCGUCAACCCUGUCCUCUACCCGCUGUGCCACUACAGCUUCCGCCGGGCCUUUACCAAGCUGCUCUGCCCGCAGAAGCUCAAGAUGCAGCCCCCCAGCUCCCUGGAGCACUGCUGGAAGUGAGCCGGGCUCCACAGGCACCUGGGAUGCAGGGGCAGAGCCCUCCACCGCCACCCCCCUCGAGGUCCCGGGUUCCGGGCAGCCGAGCCUCUCGCCACCCUCCACCUGGCUGCCCCGCAGGCGUGAGCCCUGCCUUGUCUUCGGCCCACCCGAAACGCCAUGGCAGCCUCUCAGACCGUCCCCUGGCAGUUGA